AUGUUUGUUUACAAAGGAGAUCGUGUACAUUAAUUUGUUUGUGAUUUAUACGAUUUAGAAGUUCACCAAUUUUUAAAUAAUAACAUUUCCAUAUAACCGUUAUUCUCUAGCUUUGCAUGGCUAUUAUAAUCAUAGCUAUUUAUAUUAAGUGGAAGUGGUUUUGCACGUUUGGUGUUAACUGUUGAAUCAGUAUCAGUGAUGGAUCGGGCCGAUGGUCAGUGCGGAUCUAUGUCCAACACUAAGGCUCUACCGGCAGCUGUUGAGGUCAAAACAGAGCUAGAGUCAGAUGUCUUUGAUAUUGAAAACGAAGAACCAAAUGGAUCUUUGAAGACAGAGGUGUCAUUCAUUAACAUCUAUGAUAUGAAGUUUGAAGCUGAUGAAGUUGACGUCGAUACUCUAAUUAAGUGCGACACAGACGCAAUAGAGAAGAAAGAUGUUUCACAAGCUGACACAUUAGAAGUUCACACACAAAAACAAGCUAAAGGAAAGAGAGCAAAGAAACCGAAGAAGUCUCAACUAGUGACACCACACCAAUGUGAUGUUUGUCAGAAGCGUUUUAAAGAAGCCAGGGGGUUGACGAAUCACUAUAGAAAACACACAGGCGAAAAGCCCUAUGAAUGUGACUCGUGUCACAGUAAGUUUGCACGGAGGAGUCGGAUAGUCAUGCACAUGAGAACUCAUACUGGCGAUAAACCUUAUAAAUGUAAAGUGUGUCUCAGUAGAUUCAGUGAAAAGGGUGAUCUGACACGACAUACAAGAACUCACACCGGCGCAAAACCUUAUAAGUGUGAAGUGUGUCAUAAAAGAUUUCGCGUGAAGAAUCAUUUGAAGAGGCACAGUAGAACUCAUACCGGUGAACAGCCAUACCAAUGUGAUGUGUGUCAGCGUCGAUUCAAGAUGAAGAACGCUUUGACGAUACACCGUAGAACUCAUACUGGUGAGAAGCCAUAUAAGUGUGACAUUUGUCACAGUACAUUCAGUCAGCGGAGUAAUUUAGUGAUACACGUUAGAACUCAUACUGGUGAAAAACCUUACGAGUGUUAUGUGUGUGAACGUCGUUUCUCUCAAAAGAGUUCUUUGACUAAGCAUUGUAAAACUCAUACUGGUGUUAAGUCUGUCAUGAAGCGUUGAAUCUCAGACGAGUCAGUUAAAAGUCCAACUUCCACGUCUUCUUCUUCCUCCUGGCUUAGUCCCGGUUGCAUCCUCACCACUCUGGAGAGGAGGUCGGGGUAUGCCUUUGACCAUGGAUCCUGGAUUGGGUGAGUCAAGUUUUUACACGAAGCGACUCCCAUCUGACCUCCGCAACUUUUGCAGGUAAACCUAACUCGUACUUGAUAUACCAUGAUGACACAUCCAGUUUUUCCUUAUCAUAAGAGCAAAGCCGUGAGAGCAACAGUUAGUAUUCAAAUUAAUGAACAUAUCUUUGAAAAUAGUCAUUGGUACAUGGCCGAGGUGGGAUUUGAACCCGUGCCUUUCUGCGCAUCACGCAUUUUAACCGGGAACCUUAUUAAUUCGACCCACCGACUCGUAACAAAGAACUAACUCCUUGUGAGAAAUUAAGGGAGUGUGACAUAAAAGUUUUUGAGUGUCAUUACACUUACUAGUCCAAUUAAGGACUCUUUACCGGCGAAAUCGUUUGAAAAUGAACAAAUAUGACUUGUGCCAGGGAUUUUUUAGUGAGAAGACUCACCACUGUAUAGCUUAAACUGUUCAGAUACCUUAUAAAUGCAGAUCUUUAUAUUAUCACUCUCAACGUAACCAAACCAAAGACGAAUUGAAAUGUAACAGAAAUAUUUACAAUGUUAUUUUGAAAAUUAUAGAAGUUUAUGCAAAUUAAUGCCUAUUUUCUAUACUUAUAUAAAAAAAAAUUUGUAGUGCCUUUUGGUUCCCAGCACUUUGGAAUAGAACCACUUAAUAUCUUUACCGUGGAUGUCGUAAAAGGUGACUUAGUCAAUUCUAUAGCUAAAACCAAGCCGGGUUUAGCUAUCGUCACGAGAACUAGCAAGUAGCCGCCAGAGGUGAGCGAGAUACUUGGUGAGCGCUAAAGUAGUCCAAGGGCGAAGGCCUAGGGCCUUUUAUAGUUGACUCCCGGGCUGUAAAGACAGGUGCAGCGUCAAGGCAACCCACAGCUAUUCCACGAUUUUCAAUAUAUUUCUUUUCUUGGUAAAUCGAAUAACUUAUUAUACGAUAGACCUCACUUUCAUAGGUUUUUCCUCUGUGGCGCAGCGGUAGUGUGCUUGUGUGUGACACCGCAGGUCACGGGUUCGAAUCCAGGCCAGGGCAUGAUGAGAAAAGAACUUCUGAUUUAGUUCUUAGAUGGAUAGCUAAAUAAUACUUGUGUAUAUUAUAUAAACAAUAUAUUUUAUAUAUUUAUUUAUAUCUAUUAGGGAAACAAACAGUUACUUGGUUGCCCAUUAAUGUUAUCUUAUACUAUGACGCAUAAACCAAUAAAGUUUCCUCUGUUCACUAAUACAUAGUAUUAUAUUACGAUAAGACAAGGAAAUAAUUAUAUAAAUGUAAGCGUGUUGCGUACAGAUAUAAUUAUUAUUAAUUUCGUCAAAAAUUAACCAAAAAACCAUUGAUUAAUCUUAACAAUUGUGUCUUUAAAUGGUCACGUCUAUAUCCCUGUGGCUUGUGGAGUAGAUAGAGCCAACAGUCUUGAAAAUACUGAUAGGCCACGGUCAUCUUUUCAGCUUAAUGAUAGAAUUGAGAUUCAAAUAGCGACAGGUUGCUAGCCCAUCGCCUAAAAAAAAUCCCAAGUUUGUAAGCCUAUCCCUUAGUCGCAUUUUACGACAUCCAUGGGAAAGAGAUGGAUUGGUCCUAUUCUUUUUGGACUGGUGCCGGGAACCACACGGCAUUUUGACAUCUUAAAUACAAUUUUAUAAGUUAUGUACACAUGUUUUGGCUAAUAAGUUUAAAUUAAGUGAGCUGCCAAAGUACCUACUCUUCGAAUUAAAAAGACAUUGACACACGUCAAAUUCACAAGAUUCUUUACCAGAAUUAUUACGAUGGAUAAUUAUAUCACUGUUCUCGCUUAAUUUACUUUGACACACUUCAAUUUAAAGUCUCC